AUGAGAACACCCCUCCCAAGAACCUGGUCGAAACAACCAUCGAUACGGAUAUCCCAACUGCCACUAUGUCUUAGCUCACGCCUCAGUCCCAAACACCACCGCUAUACGUCGCAGAACGCUAGAGAGCUCAACCAGGGGCCUAGCCCACAGAGUCGUACGAGGAACAUCCACUAUGCCUUCGACCCAGUCGACAAUGCGACGGCGAAACAACUAUCCAGUCCAUUCUCCUUCCUAAGUCCUGAGAAUAUUCCGCUCCCCGUAUUCCAGCAUGCGAAUCGCCUCGUCCCAUCCAGCCUCGGCGUCCCAUGGCCCACCUCCUUCCCCACCACCUUCCAGUCGAAAUACUGGGUAGAAGUGGAGGAGAGGACAAGGGCAUAUACUCAAGAACUCCUAGCCCUACGGCCGGGAAAAUAUCAAGCGAAAUAUAUCGAGGCGGUUAUCGACGGGGCGGUCUCACUGCUAGUAAAUGCGGUACCAAUGGGCAACUUGACGAGGUUGAAGUCCCUCACAAAGCUCUACGUGUUCUUCUUUCUUAGUGAUGGUGAUUAG